UUUUAUCAAAAGUAAUACACUUAGGUCACAAGGGUUCUUCUCAUGUCUUUCCGAGACUCCAGGUUUCCGCACCUCCUUCAUCCUUGACUAUGUCAGAAGACCCUCUGUUCAGGCAUGCUCAAGAACUGAUCGAGGAAGGGGAUAGACUUUUCUCGUCAUUGCGCUCAUGGGAAGCCGCUUGGGCUGAGCGGCAGCCGUUCCUGGAAUCACGCAGCUACAUGCUGCGCCCAAGGUAUCGUCCUGGCUGGAUCCCGUCAUGGAAGGGCACGGGAAUGCAUCCAAUGUAUUUUGAGGACUCAAUUACUCUUCCUAUUCGGGAUCAUCUCGUUGACGCCACUAGGACGUCUGACGGGAUGCUUGUAUACAUCAAGAGAGUGCGGACAGGAGACACCGAAUCGCGCAUAGCUACUAUGCUCUCUAGUCCUCCAUUGAGUGAGGACCCAGAUAACCGCUCCGUUCCCAUCUUGGAGCUGUUCCAGGACACAGAUGACGAGAGUAUAUCAUAUAUGGUUAUGCCCUUCUUGCGUCUCAUCGACAACCCUCCAUUUGUGUUCAUCGUAGAGAUCGUAGAGUUUAUGGAGCAAAUUCUAACGGGUCUAGCAUUCCUUCACAAACAUGGCGUUGCGCACCGAGAUUGCGAGUACAAGAACUUGAUGAUGGAUGCGCAUGCAAUGUAUCCGCAAGGACAUCAUCCCGUCGCCACAAUGUGCUUGCCCGAUGGCAUGACGGAAGCCCCUUAUCUUUCUCGAGCAGACACAGGCAUCAAAUACUGUUUCAUCGAUUUUGGUAUCUCAGUACACUUUCCUCAGGACGUACGUCCUAAGCUCGUGGUCGGGACCGAUGGACGAGAUCAAGAAGUGCCCGAAUUAUCCAUGAGAACUCCUUAUGAUCCUUUCAAAGUUGACGUGUUCAUAACGGCAACGUGCUUCAACAUGAGCUCCACAACAAAUUUUCUAACAUCGACUUCCUAGUUCCCAUGAUAGAAUCUAUGACACAGCGCGAUCCUUACUGUCGGCCCAGUGCGGCGGAGGCUUUGACUCAAUGGCGGAGUAUUCGGAGCACAAUUUCGAGCGUUCACUCGAUAUGGAGGCCUCGGCCUCGCCAGGAAGGAACAGUAUCGACGGUGUUCAAUGAAGCUGUAUACUUUGUCAAUGCGGCAGCGCAUUUGAGUAAGCAGCUGUUUAAGUGGGCUUCAGAUUUUCAGGGGUAGAUCUACUUGUUCCAGUCUGGUGGAUACCGUUUUGCCCGUACUAUUUUGCUCGCAGAAAUUCACAGCCAUUGGAUGCUCUG